GUCGCGGCCUUAGCCGCCGCCAACGGGGCUGUCCCUGUAGCUCCCGAUGGAGUUUGAGGUCGUGGAACCGCCGCCGAGCUCUGCCCCGGCGAGACGAGGCGCCUCCGUCGCCGAGCCGCGCCGUCGCGGGGCUCCCUGGAGCGGCCCUUAGCGACUCCACCCGGGCCCCCUCAGCUUACAAAACACUACACAGCAAAAUAAUGAUCUGCUAGACUGCUAACUGGAGCAUCCAGCUUCCACAAUGCCUGUGCAGGCAGCUCAAUGGACAGAAUUUCUGUCCUGUCCAAUCUGCUAUAAUGAAUUUGAUGAGAAUGUGCACAAACCCAUCAGUUUAGGUUGUUCACACACUGUUUGCAAGACCUGUUUGAACAAACUUCACCGAAAAGCUUGUCCUUUUGACCAGACAGCCAUCAACACAGACAUUGAUGUGCUUCCUGUCAAUUUUGCACUUCUCCAGUUAGUUGGAGCCCAGGUACCAGAUCACCAAUCAAUAAAGUUGAGUAGUAACCUAGGUGAGAACAAACACUAUGAAGUUGCAAAGAAAUGUGUUGAAGAUUUGGCACUCUACUUAAAACCACUAAGUGGAGGAAAAGGUGUAGCUAGUUUGAACCAGAGUGCCCUGAGCCGGCCAAUGCAAAGGAAACUGGUGACACUUGUAAACUGCCAACUGGUGGAGGAAGAAGGUCGUGUAAGAGCCUUGAGAGCAGCCCGUUCUCUUGGAGAAAGAACUGUAACGGAACUGAUCCUACAGCACCAGAACCCUCAGCAAUUGUCUGCCAACCUAUGGGCUGCUGUCAGGGCUCGAGGAUGCCAGUUUCUAGGACCAGCUAUGCAAGAAGAAGCCUUGAAAUUGGUGCUGCUGGCAUUAGAAGAUGGUUCUGCUCUCUCAAGGAAGGUUCUAGUACUUUUUGUUGUUCAGAGACUAGAACCAAGAUUUCCUCAGGCAUCAAAAACAAGCAUUGGUCAUGUUGUGCAACUACUGUAUCGAGCAUCUUGUUUUAAGGUCACCAAAAGGGAUGAAGAUUCUUCCCUGAUGCAACUAAAGGAGGAAUUUCGGAGUUAUGAGGCAUUACGCAGGGAACAUGAUGCCCAGAUUGUUCAUAUUGCUAUGGAAGCAGGACUUCGCAUUUCACCUGAGCAGUGGUCCUCACUUCUGUAUGGUGACUUAGCACAUAAAUCACAUAUGCAGUCUAUCAUUGAUAAGCUCCAGUCUCCAGAAUCAUUUGCAAAGAGUGUCCAAGAGUUGACAAUUGUUUUGCAACGAACAGGUGAUCCAGCUAAUUUAAAUAGACUGAGGCCUCAUUUAGAGCUUCUUGCAAAUAUAGAUCCUAACCCAGAUGCUGUGUCACCAACUUGGGAUCAGCUAGAAAAUGCAAUGGUUGCUGUUAAAACAGUGGUUCAUGGUCUUGUAGAUUUCAUACAGAAUUAUAGUAGAAAAGGACAUGAAGCACCUCAGCCUCAGCCAAACAGUAAAUACAAGACUAGCAUGUGCCGAGAUCUACGACAACAAGGGGGUUGUCCGCGAGGAACAAAUUGUACAUUUGCCCAUUCUCAGGAAGAACUUGAAAAGUAUCGAUUAAGGAACAAAAAGAUCAACGCGACUGUAAGAACAUUUCCUCUUCUAAAUAAAGUUGGUGUAAACAACACUGUCACAACCACAGCCGGAAAUGUCAUUUCUGUCAUAGGAAGUACUGAAACAACCGGGAAAAUUGUUCCAAGUACAAAUGGAGUUGCAAAUGCAGAAAACAGUGUUUCUCCAUUAAUCCCACGUAGUACUGACAGUACAUUAAGAGCUCUGGAGACUGUGAAGAAAGUGGGGAAAGUUGUAGCUAAUGGUCAGAAUGCUGCUGGGCCCUCUGCAGAGUCUGUAACUGAAAAUAAAAUUGGUUCUCCACCCAAGACUCCUGUAAGUAAUGUAGCAGCUACCUCAGCUGGGCCCCCAAAUGUUGGAACAGAGCUGAAUUCUGUGCCUCCAAAAUCCAGCCCAUUUAUAACUAGAGUACCACUAUAUCCUCAGCAUUCUGAAAACAUUCAGUAUUUUCAAGAUCCAAGGACCCAGAUACCCUUUGAAGUCCCUCAGUACCCACAGACAGGAUACUACCCACCACCUCCAACGGUACCAGCUGGUGUGGCUCCCUGUGUUCCUCGCUUUGUGAGGUCCAAUAAUGUUCCAGAGUCCUCCCUCCCACCUGCUUCUGUGCCAUAUGUUGAUCAUUAUAGUACAUUUUCCCCUCGAGAUCGAAUGAAUUCUUCUCCUUACCAACCUCCUCCACAGCCGUAUGGACCAGUUCCUCCAGUACCUUCUGGAAUGUAUGCUCCUGUGUAUGACAGCAGGCGCAUCUGGCGCCCACCUAUGUACCAACGAGAUGACAUUAUUAGAAGCAAUUCGUUACCUCCAAUGGAUGUGAUGCACUCGUCUGUCUAUCAGACACCUUUACGGGAAAGGUAUAACUCAUUAGAUGGGUAUUAUUCAGUGGCUUGUCAGCAACCAAGUGAGCCAAGGACUACUGUGCCUUUACCAAGGGAAACUUGUGGUCAUUUGAAGACCAGUUACGAGGAGCAGAUAAGAAGAAAGCCAGAGCAGUGGGCACAGUACCACACUCAGAAAACACCUCUUGUCUCUUCAACUCUUCCUGUGGCUACACAAUCACCAACACCGCCUUCUCCUCUAUUCAGUGUAGAUUUUCGCACUGAUUUUUCUGAAAGUGUGAGUAGUACAAAAUACGAAGAAGAUCAUCAUCUUUCUCAUUAUUCUCCUUGGUCUUGUGGCACCAUAGGCUCCUGUAUAAAUGCCAUCGAUUCAGAGCCCAAAGAUGUAAUUGCUAAUUCAAAUGCUGUGUUAAUGGACCUGGACAGUGGAGAUGUUAAGAGAAGAGUACAUUUAUUUGAAACUCAGAGAAGGACUAAAGAAGAAGACCCAAUAAUUCCUUUUAGUGAUGGACCUAUCAUCUCAAAAUGGGGUGCAAUUUCCAGAUCUUCGCGUACAGGUUAUCAUACCACAGAUCCUGUCCAGGCCACUGCUUCCCAAGGAAGUGCAACUAAGCCCAUCAGCGUAUCAGAUUAUGUCCCUUAUGUUAAUGCUGUUGAUUCAAGAUGGAGUUCAUAUGGCAGUGAGGCUACAUCCUCAGCACACUAUGUUGAACGGGAUAGAUUCAUUGUGACUGACUUAUCUGGUCAUAGAAAACAUUCCAGUACUGGAGAUCUUUUGAGCAUUGAACUUCAGCAGGCCAAGAGUAAUUCAUUACUACUUCAGAGAGAGGCCAAUGCCCUUGCCAUGCAACAGAAGUGGAAUUCCCUGGACGAAGGUCGUCACCUUGCUUUAAAUCUUCUAAGCAAAGAAAUUGAAUUAAGAAAUGGAGAGUUGCAGAAUGAUUAUACAGAAGAUACAACAGAUACUAAGCCCGAUAGGGAUAUUGAGUUAGAGCUUUCAGCACUUGACACAGAUGAACCUGACGGACAAGGUGAACAGAUUGAAGAGAUCCUGGACAUACAACUUGCUAUCAGUUCUCAAAAUGAUCAGUUGCUGAAUGGAACAGCAGUGGAAAAUGGGCAUCCAGUCCAGCAGCACCCAAAGGAGCCACUAGAGCAGAAGAGACAGAGUUUAGGUGAAGACCAUGUGAUUCUGGAGGAGCAAAAAAUAAUUCUGCCGGUAACUUCUUGCUUCAGCCAGCCACUUCCAGUGUCCAUUAGCAAUGCAAGUUGCCUCCCCAUCACCACAUCUGCCAGUGUUGGCAACCUCAUCCUGAAAACUCAUGUUAUGUCUGAGGAUAAAAAUGACUUUUUAAAAUCUGUUGCAAAUGGGAAGAUGGUUAACAGCUAA